CCUCGCGCUGGGCCCGACGGCGCCUGCGCGCUGCGAGGCCGGCCGGCCGGGACGGGGCGGGGCCGGCGAACUUGGGUGCCUCGUUGUCCCGGGACGGCCGCGGGACACCGGGCGGGCGGCUGGCACCAUGAAGAUCUGGACUUCGGAGCACGUCUUUGACCACCCAUGGGAAAUGGUUACCACAGCUGCAAUGCAGAAAUACCCCAACCCCAUGAACCCCAGCGUGGUGGGCGUUGAUGUGUUGGACAGACAUGUGGAUCCCUCUGGAAAGCUGCACAGCCACAGGCUCCUCAGCACAGAGUGGGGCCUGCCCUCCAUUGUGAAGUCUCUUAUUGGUGCGGCGAGAACGAAAACGUAUGUGCAGGAGCAUUCUGUGGUUGACCCGGUAAAGAAGACAAUGGAGCUCAAGUCCACCAACAUCUCAUUUACAAACAUGGUCUCAGUGGACGAGAGGCUCACAUACAAGCCGCACCCCCAGGACCCAGAGAAAACUGUCCUGACCCAGGAAGCCGUCAUCACCGUGAGAGGGGUCAGCCUCAGCAGCUACCUUGAAGGACUCAUGGCAAAUACCAUAUCUUCCAAUGCUAACAAAGGUCGAGAAGCAAUGGAAUGGGUGAUCCAUAAACUGAACGCCGAGAUAGAAGAAUUGGCAGCAUCAGCACGAGGAAGCAUACGGACACCAAUGGCGGCCGCAGCGGCUUUGGUGGAAAAAUGACAAUGGAGAUUGGUGUGCAGCUACCGGGACCCCAGGACUCUCCAAGCUGACAUCAUAUUUAUUUGUUAUUUAAAAGAUACGGCUAUUUUAGGUAGAGUUUAUUAUUUUUUUUAAUGGACUGGGGUAAGGCUGUGACUUUUGAUCAAAGAAAAAGAUGGGGAGUUUCUAAAUCAAAGUGAUCGUCUGAGGCUGAAGGGCUUGAGGGAGCUAGCUGACUGGAGAGUCUUGUGUUCGUGAACAAUUCACGGGUUUGUUUGUUGUUGUUUAAGUACUUAGAAGAAAUUGAUGUUGAUCUCAAGUCUCCUUAGGUAGAAUCUCAGAGCCUGUCAGGAACUGGAACACUGUCUGGCUGUGGACCAACCAGAACAGAGGCUGCCGCCCCGAGCCCACACAGUUGCCGCCAAACAUCUGCCUGAGGGACUCCCUUUAAAAAGAGAGGCUGCAUAAUUCCAAAUGCCAUUAAUUUGUAUGAAAUAACUCGCCCUCUUGAGAACCAGUGUUUGAAUUUGGUACUUAAAUGAUAUUUUUGGAGUGCAAAUUAGCGCUAAGUGAUAUGACUCCAGCGAAAAAUAGUAUUUUAUUGUAUUAACGGGUACUGUAUUAAUUUGCCAAAGUUUUGUGGCUUAGUAAAGGCAUUCCCUUCCUUGAAUUUGUACUUUGUGAUUUCGCAUGCUGUACUGUGGGCUGGUUAUGUUAACUGAAAAAACAAUAAAGUCAUUACCUGAGUGUCGUAUCACUCUUAAACAA